AUGGCAGAGGAUCCCACACUCAUACUUAGAAAACAAAUAUCUAAAAAUGCAGUGAUUAAGCUGGACUCAGAUAAAAUUACCAUUGGAGAGAAUACCUUCCCUGUCACCACAAAAAGCACUUACACAAACUCACGGGACCUGCCAUAUUCCCUUGCUUCUAUAUGCUAUCUUCACGUAACAAGGACUCUUGAUCACGGUGAGUACAUUGCAUCAUGCAGGUCUUCUAAUAUUGAACCUGUCUCAUACUUGGACAGAGAAAGGAUUCUUUCUGAUCUUCUGGCACCUCUCCCUCUUACAAAAGUAUCUGUUAUGAGAAGGCCCAGGAGGCAUCCUGUCUUAAUAACACACUUACUUGAGUCAUAUGAGGAGUUAAAGGCUGUGCAGCCUUCUGGCAUGCAGUAUAUUUUACUCCCACGAGAUGACUCUUUAAUAAGAUCCACUUUAUUCACAGAGCACAUUAAAAAUAAUGAAGACAUUGUAACAUAUGGCAAUUAUAAAUUCAAGCUGAUAAAUGACCCAGAGGAUGCAGAGUCAUUCGAUAGAAUUUCGGCUGUGUUCUUGGACGGCUCUGCAUGGCAAUUUAAUGACUGGCCAGCCGCACUUACCACACGCAUGAGUUAUAUUCCUGUAUUCUUUCUAGCACAGGGCAAUGCCCCAUCCGCACCGGCCCUUCCUUUUUCUGUGACUAUAUUAAAGGAAGACGCACUAGGCGACGAUUUAAAUAGAGCUUCAGUUGCAUUCUGGUCUAUUAUGGGUGUUCCCUUGUUAGACUAAUCAAAUCAUUCCUAGUAAAUUAUCUUUUUCU